CUCGAUACUACGUACGAUCAUCGGGAACAAUUAGUAUCUCUACGACUGGCCCUAUCCACCCGUUGGACAUGUUCAGAGUUGGAAUUGCAGCUUUAAUAGGAGCCCAGGUGGCUUUCCUGGAUGUUGCUUGUGUUUCAAAUUAUACACAUCCCGUCGCAGAGGUCCUGGCAGCUUUCAAUCGGGAUUUAAAUAAUCAAUUUUUCUUGGGAGAAGCUCAAAUUGAUGCGGUGCGUCUUGUGGCACCUCUGUACGCGAACUUUGCGAUCGGCACAUACAAUCGAACCAAUCAAGACAUCUUUCCGAGUUACUUUCAUGGAAGUACUCCCGUUGUCUGGUUGAAGCAUUUUGCGUUCUCGACUUCUGGCCCUUCUUACGAAAAGUUUGAAAGCAGCGUCAUGGAAAAAGCUGAGCAGGUUCACAGACGACAUAAAUUACGCAUUCGAAGAAGCCAGAAGACUCUAUCAGCAGGGCAUGUCAAGGUCCGACUUGCGCAUCUGACCAAAACUUAUGCCAAAGGAGCGGCGCUGUUGGAAGCUUGUGGUGGAGACGAAUACCCCUUGUGCCGCUGGAAGUCGACAAUGCCCUACAUCUAACCUUCCCAUGACGGACAUCCACGCCCUUCAAUGAGAUUUCUCUUUGUGAUUCCCUAAAGCAUUUUGCACCCUGGUUACCCCAAGUACUUUUGUCACAUUUCUGAGCACUUCGACAUUGCACUAGCACUGACAUUGAUACUCGCCGCAUACUAUGUAAUCAUUCUGUAUCUUCCAAAUCACCUUAAUGAA